CCCUUCCAGCUUCACUGCUAGAAGAUCGACUGCAAGAUGAGGUGCGCUUCUCCAUGACCCGACCAGCUGGUCCGGAGGGUGCCCUCCUGCUGUGGCUGGCCACCGGAAAGAGUCGAAGCAAGGCACUGAAGCUUCAAAUCGUGGCCAAGGCUAUGGUGGUGAGGGACAGCACUGGGCUCUGCACUUCGAAACAGCUGCCGCAAGACAUGGAAAGCCUUUUGCCUUGCGAGUUCUGUGGAAGGAGGGGCCACUCAGGCCGUACCUGUGGGCAGCAAAUGCGUCGGAAGCAUCGGCGCUGGCGACACCAGUUGGCGCCAUGGAGGCUCUUCGAGAUUUCGCUGCCCUUGCAGCACGAGGUGCAAGGACUGUGUGCGGUCCUGGUGUCCAGCUCGGAUCAAGCAGCGCUGGGCCUGCUGCGAGCUUCCGCUGCGCCAGCGUCCGCAGCGGCGAAAGCGGCACAGGGCAGCAUG